ACAAGUCCACAAAAAUGAAGUACUAAACCAUAAACUCUAGCUCAUAGCUCAUCGUCUGAAGCCAACCCGCUUGCUUCUCUGUGCAGUGAGAUAAAUUGAGGGCAAACAUUUCCGUAUUUCUCGUAAGCAAAAUGGCCGAUAACAUGUCCGCCCUUAGAAAAGCUAUGGACAAAUUAAUAUUACAUAUCGAAAAGCAUGAAGCAGAACAAUCUUCUUCAUCUACAAGUGGACAACGCCUAGUCAUUCCCGAUAAAUGGAAAGCUCUUUUUGAAUCCAUCGACGGACCGACCGAUAGGACUAGAUAUCUCCAAUUAAUGGAAAACUCGUUGGACGGUACCACGAGUAUGAACGAUUGGAAGGAUCUUCAACCCGGUCAAAAGCCCGUGAUAAAGUUGCAUAGAUUAACCGUGGAUCAAAUCUGCGAACUUGGAGUCGAAGUUUUUCGAGGAUUGAAAACCGGGGUAUCUCACAAAACUGUCGGUGGAUUGAUGCUCUUGGCGUUCAACUUAACCGACAAAUUCGAUUUACCACUAUUUGCGGACCCGAAAUUUGAAUUGGUGGAUAAAUCGAAGGAGAUGGAUAUUAUCGAACUUUCGGCCACCCCAAUCAAUAACUUGACCACCUCAUCUGCUUCGAUGAAUUUUGGUGAAAGAUUUACGGAUUAUCAAAAGGGUCGAUUCGCAAAGAGCUGCUGUUUUAUUGCGUGUAGUUAUCUGAGGCUUUACAGCAAACCGGUGGAUAAUUACUUGAGGAUUGGGCAUUUAUUGAGGAACUCGUUCGCGAAGUUCUACGGUUUUCAGUUGGCUUUGCAGAAUUUUCACCCGGAGAAGGAAGGAAUACAGGCUGUGAAGACUGUAAUGGAUUUGCAAUCGGUAAUAAAGAACACGUUUUACGUGUUGUUGUACGCUGGCGAAGAAGAGAAAAACGGGAGAGAGAUUAAGGAUUUCUUGUAUGUAAUGCACGUGGCGUAUAUUGGUCUUCAUCCUUACACUCUGUUCUUGAAAUGCGUGGAGGAUUUGAAAACUUCGGAUGUAAUUUUCAUGCAAGCGAUUUAUUCCGGGAGGAUGAAGAGAGAUGUGGAAUCUUUGCUGCAUGUUUUCGAGAAUUUGAGCGGGAAAAUUGAAGACGAAGAGUAUCGGCUUCAAAUGUGGAAAUAUGGGAGGAUUUUCGACUCGAGAUUUUUGAGCGUCUUGCAGACGAAAAAGUGUGUUUACUUCACGUGGGUUUUGGUGUAUGUGCUGUAUUUCAAUAAUCCGGGGUCGAAUGAAGGCUUGUUGAAGAUUGCGCAGAUUCAAGACAUUUCGGAAGGGAACAAAUCUGAGGCGAAAGCACAUGCGAAAAGAGCUUUGGAACUUAUUGCCAAAGUUGCCAAAAGAUGAUUUAUCCGACAAUUUGUUGGCUUUUAAAGUUUGGUUUAAAUUUCGUGUGACGGUUUUUGGCAAUCUUGAUUUAUGGUCAGAAUCAUAAAUUGUGUGCUUUCUUGCUUGAUUUUGUUUCAAUUUUCAAAUGCAUCAAUAUUGGAAACAUAAGUAUGAAAAUAUUUACAUGAUGUUUAUGCCUAUAUGUAUCAAUAUUUAC